AUGUCUUUGUCCCUGUUCCUUCUUACCUAUAAUUGCGGUAAGAAAACCCCAAUUGUGCCCGAGUUUGGUGAGGAUAUUGCCAAUUUAAUUGCACACAAUGAGGGGCACGUGCCCGAUCUCCUGGUGUUUGGUUUCCAAGAAAUCUCUUCCAUUAAUGAGGGAACAAAUCAUUGCACCAUCAAUAUUAGGCUUCUGGCGUUGAGUAACUUGCUGCUGGAUAGCUUGGUGGCCAAAACCCAGAUCAACUUGGAGGUGAUCGAGAUAAAUCAUGUAGGAAACGUGGGAAUUAUUCUGAUUUCUCCAUACAAGUCCAGGUGUCGAAAAGUGAGAAGAUCGGCAAAUGUUCCCUUGGGAUAUUUCAUGACGAAUAUCAAGGGAGCCACGGGCUUGAGAGUUUCGUACGAGGCUGAUUAUGGCAAAACAACCGAGCUGACAUUUGUAGUGGCACACUUGGCUGCCAACGAAGGUGUCAAAUAUCUGAUGAGAAGAAACGUUGAUCUUGAUAGCAUAUUACACGGCUUAAGUUUCCAGGAUGGCUUCGGAAUGCAUAAACCCAACUCACACUGCUUUAUCAUGGGGGAUCUUAAUUACAGGAAAACAGGGGCGUACCACUUUGCCGGAAACCCUGAUGAAGAACGCUCUGGCAUGGAACUAGACGAACUAAACAUCAUGCGAUCUUCUGGCAGAAUAUUAUGGGGAUUCAAGGAGCCAGAAAUCAAAUUUCUUCCAACUUACAAGUUCAAAACAGGCACAUCGACCUACAAUUAUAAGAGGACCCCUUCUUGGUGCGAUAGAAUAUUAUAUCUCGAUUACAAAGACCUCGAGGAAGAUUUGAUGGGGCUGAAUGAAUCAAAAGAACGUGUCAUCAAAUACGACUCAAUUCCAUCGAUAAAACUGUCUGACCACAUUCCAGUUUACCUGAGAAUUGAUGUACCGUUGGAACCCCCUAUGUCUUUGAUUAACUCCAAGGGGUACCUCAUGGACAAGUUUACUCAUCUUUCUAAUAAUGAGAUUGACUUAAAGCCACGGAAGCGAUGGAACUAUUAUCGGGCCGUGGCGAACUAUAAUGACAACAUACUGAGAUUCGUUUUUUAUCUUGUCCUCACAACACAAGGACGCAUUAUCCUUGCUUUGUGGUGCUUUAUUGUUUUCCUGAUUUUCCACAGACACACCUUAUUCACAUGA